GACGGGCUGGGCAAGAUGCCGACCGUCGUGAAACCGAUCAAGCUGAAGAGCAUCAUCACGAAGGCGGAAUCCUACGACACGAUGCAUGGCAAGGCGAGCGAUGUGAUGUCGUGCUCGCGUGAAGUUUGCAUGGGAAGCGUCAUGACACCGCAUCUCAUUGGGACGGAAUCCCGCAAGUCGGAUGUGGUUCAGCAGCACGCAAAGGAUUUUCUCGAUCAGUAUUAUUCCUCGAUCCGACGAUUGAAAUCGCCCGCCCACGAAAGCCGAUGGCAGCAGGUGCAGAAGGAAGUCGAAGCAACAGGAUCCUACCAUCUGACGGAAACCGAGCUAAUCUACGGGGCCAAGCUCGCCUGGCGCAACUCGUCACGCUGCAUCGGUCGGAUACAGUGGUCCAAGCUGCAGGUUUUCGAUUGCCGAUACGUUACCACAACGAGCGGCAUGUUUGAAGCGAUCUGCAAUCACAUCAAAUAUGCGACCAAUAAAGGAAACCUCAGAUCGGCCAUCACGAUUUUCCCGCAGCGAACAGACGGCAAGCACGACUACCGCAUCUGGAACAAUCAGAUUAUCUCGUACGCCGGCUAUAAGAACGCGGACGGCAAAAUCACCGGCGAUCCGGCCAACGUCGAGUUCACUGAUUUUUGCGUCAAGCUUGGCUGGAAGAGCAAGCGCACCGAGUGGGACAUCCUGCCGCUGGUCGUGUCGGCGAACGGGCACGAUCCGGACUACUUCGACUAUCCGCCCGAGCUGAUCCUGGAGGUGCCGCUCAGCCACCCGCAGUUCAAGUGGUUCGCCGAGCUCAACCUCCGGUGGUACGCCGUGCCGAUGGUGUCCUCGAUGCUGUUCGACUGCGGCGGCAUCCAGUUCACGGCCACCGCCUUCAGCGGCUGGUACAUGUCGACCGAGAUCGGCUGCCGCAAUCUGUGCGACGCCAACCGGCGAAACCUCCUGGAGCCGAUUGCAAUAAAAAUGGGACUGGACACGCGGAACCCGACGUCGCUGUGGAAGGACAAGGCGCUGGUGGAAAUUAAUAUCGCCGUACUGCACUCGUACCAGAGCCGCAAUAUUACCAUCGUCGAUCAUCACACCGCCAGCGAGAGCUUUAUGAAGCACUUCGAGAACGAAACCAAGCUGAGGAACGGAUGCCCGGCCGAUUGGAUAUGGAUCGUCCCACCGAUGUCGGCUUCGGUGACGCCCGUUUUCCACCAGGAGAUGGCCGUCUACUAUCUCAGACCAUCGUUCGAGUAUCAGGAAUCGGCAAUGAAAACGCACAUUUGGAAGAAGGGUCGGGAUUCGGCAAAGAACAAGAAACCUCGACGAAAGUUCAACUUCAAACAAAUAGCUAGAGCUGUCAAAUUUACAUCGAAACUGUUCGGACGCGCCCUGUCCCGUCGGAUCAAGGCGACGGUACUGUACGCGACAGAAACCGGACGCUCGGAGCAGUACGCCCGCCAGCUCGUCGAGCUGCUCGGUCAUGCGUUCAACGCACAGAUCUACUGCAUGUCGGAUUACGACAUCUCAUCAAUCGAACACGAAGCCCUGCUGCUGGUUGUCGCUUCCACCUUCGGCAACGGGGAUCCACCGGAGAACGGCGAGCUCUUCGCGCAGGAUUUGUACGCGAUGAAGCUGCACGAAAGUGGCCACCACCAGGCGCACAGCGAGCUGACCAUUGCCGCAUCCUCCAAGUCCUUCAUCAAGGCGAACUCGCGCAGCGAUCUGGGCAAGUUCGGACACCUGGGUGGCCGCAAGAUCGAUCGGCUGGACUCACUGCGCGGUUCCACCACCGACACGCUGUCGGAGGAAACGUUCGGCCCGCUGUCGAACGUCCGGUUCGCCGUGUUCGCCCUCGGCUCGUCGGCCUACCCGAACUUUUGCGCCUUCGGCAAGUACAUCGAUAACAUCCUCGGGGAGUUGGGCGGCGAGCGGAUGAUGAAGAUGGCCACGGGGGACGAAAUCUGCGGCCAGGAGCAAGCGUUCCGCAAGUGGGCACCGGAAGUCUUUAAGAUUGCCUGCGAAACGUUCUGUCUCGAUCCGGAGGAGACGCUCUCGGAUGCGGCGUUCGCGUUGCAGAGCGAGCUGUCCGAAAACACGGUCCGCUACGCACCGGUACAGGAGCACGAGUCGCUCGACCGGGCACUGUCCAAGUUCCACAACAAGAAGUCGACCGAGUGCUCGGUCAAGCGGCAUCCCAUCAAUCUGCACUGCGAAAUGAACGGCACCGAGCGGUCAACAAUUUUGGUCGAAAUCGUCGCCGAAGGGAUUGAUUACGAACCCGGAGACCACGUGGGCAUAUUUCCGGCAAACCGGAAGGAAAUCGUCGACGGUAUCAUUGAACGGCUGACCGGGGUUAACGAUCCGGACGAGAUGCUUCAGCUGCAAAUUCUGAAAGAGAAGCAAACCCAAAACGGUGUCUACAAAUCGUGGGAACCACACGAGCGGCUUCCGGUGUGUUCUUUGCGUACACUGCUGACCCGUUUCCUGGACAUUACGACACCACCUACCAGGCAGCUUCUGACGUACUUGGCAUCCUGCUGUGGUGACAAAGCGGACGAAGAACGGCUGCUCAUGUUGGCGAAUGAAUCAUCAGUGUACGAAGACUGGCGCUACUGGAAGCUGCCCCAUCUGCUCGAGGUGCUUGAGGAGUUCCCCUCCUGCCGGCCCCCAGCAGCCGUCCUGGUCGCCCAGCUGAACGCCCUGCAGCCCCGAUUCUAUUCCAUCUCGUCCUCGCCGCGCCAAUACUCGAACGAAAUCCACCUGACGGUCGCCAUCGUCACCUAUCGGGCGGAGGACGGCGAGGGGGCCGAGCACUACGGCGUUUGCUCAAACUAUCUGGCCAACCUGCAGCCGGACGACCGGAUCUUCCUGUUCGUACGCAGCGCACCCUCGUUCCACAUGUCGAAGGAUCCAACCAGGCCGGUCAUUCUGAUCGGACCCGGCACCGGUAUCGCACCGUUCCGCUCGUUCUGGCAGGAGUGGGACCACAUCAAGACGGAGAUGGUCGAUUCAAAGAUUCCCAAAGUGUGGCUUUUCUUCGGCUGUCGUACGAAGAACGUCGACCUGUACCGGGAUGAAAAGGCAGAGAUGGUACAGAAAGGUGUACUGGAUCGGGUAUUCCUCGCCCUGUCACGCGAAGAAAACAUUCCCAAGACCUACGUCCAGGAUCUCGCGCUGAAGGAGGCGGAGUCGAUCUGCCAGCUCAUAAUGCAGGAGAAGGCGCACAUUUACGUGUGCGGCGAUGUCACCAUGGCCGAGCACGUGUACCAGACACUCCGUAAGAUUCUGGCCACGCGCGAAAACCGCACCGAAACCGAAAUGGAGAAGUACAUGCUGACGCUGCGGGACGAAAACCGCUACCACGAGGACAUAUUCGGUAUUACGCUGCGUACGGCCGAGAUUCACAACAAGUCACGUGCAACAGCUCGAAUUCGAAUGGCUUCGCAACCGUAA